AAUAUGACGUCAGUCGCGGUUAAAUUCUACGAAAAACAUGUUUCUGUAGUCAGUUUUAAAAUCCGGAUCACGUGAGGUCAAGUUUAAAUAAUGCUUAUAAAUACAGUGUCUCUUGCAGGAUUAAUUACUUUGCGAUUUGCGAGGGAACAACAAAGACGUAUUUCAUCAAAAUGUAUGUCAGCACGGUUAUUUUUCUAUUUUGCGCCUGCUUUAUGAAGACAAGCGAGGCUGGGCGUUAUACGGGACGUGAUAUAGUACCAAAAGGACCCGGAGGUAACGGAGGUUCCCCUGGUGGUGUUAUUCCCGAUGGUAACGGAGGUUCCCCUGGCGGUGUAAUUCCCGGUGGUAACGGAGGUUACCCUGGUGGCAUGACACCUGAUAAUACUGGAGGCCCUGUUGGACCUAUCCCUAUCCCAGGAGGUAUAGGGGAGUGCCUUGCUAUUGUUCCUUUUCAUAGACAGCUGGCCGACUUUGCUUUACAGGAAAUGGGAACUGGAUAUAUCUUGCGUGAGAUUCUUGGAGUACGCACAAGUAUCGUGGCAGGUACCAUGUAUCAUAUGGAGUUAUAUGUAGCGACCUCUUCAAACGCUGUUACAAAAUGUCUGCACUGUGACGUGAAAGUCGUGCAUCAGCCAUGGCUGCCAAAACAACUUGUCCUCCACAGAUACCAGUGCAAAGAUACAUGUUGCCGUGGAAAUGGCGCACCGAGACCCGAUGACAAAUCUUAUUGAUAGUAAAGAAACACAUUUGAAUUAUAUUUACAUAUUGAUACAAGUGUAAUAAAGAACAAGAACCUUC